AUGAGUUGCUAUCAUGCCGCGAAGAGGAAGCCGGAACAGUUUACUCCUGAGGAGGAGCAAACGUUCAUGGUUGCUGAUAACCUCUUCAGACGCACCGUGAUUAGUGCGCUCGACAAAAAGUACGUUGACAACUAUAUUAUUUGUACCACUGCCAAGGAAUUAUGGGAUGCGCUUGAGGCCAAGUUCGGGGUUUCUGAUGCUCGUAGCGAGCUAUACCUCAUGGAGCAACUGUUUGAUUACAAAAUGGUGGAUAACCGUUCUGUGAUUGAACAAGCACAUGAGAUACAGGCACUAGCGAAGAAACUAGAACAAUUCCCUUCUGUAUUGCCUGAAAAGUUUGUGGCCGGCGGUAUAAUCGCUAAGCUCCCACCCUCUUGGAAGGAUUUUGCUACUUCUCUAAAACAUCAGAGGAAAGAGUUUGGUCUUGCCGAACUCAUGGGAACUCUUGAUGUUGAGGAGAAGGCGAGAGCAAAAGAUACACAUGGGAAAGACAUUGAGUCUUCUAGUGCCAAUGUGGUGCAGAAGAAAAAGCAAUUCACAUUCCGUAACAAGGAAAAGAACAAGCAAGAGAACAAGCAAGGGACAAAUCCGAAGCCAAAGCAAACUGCAAUUUUUAAGAAUAAAAAGGCAGAUGGAGGCUGCUUUGUUUGCGGUAGUGAUGACCACAGGGCAAGUGCUUGUCCACACCGCAAAUUCAAACGAGAAGAGAAAAAGUCAGUGAACAUGGUCAUUAGCGAGGCUGAAGGAGGAACAUAUGGGUAUGGCCUGUGA